AUGAUGGCGUCAAAACGUCAAUCUGCUUCAUGCUUUUCUGUCACCUUAAAAUACAAAAAAAAGAAUGAUGGUACGGAUAAAGACGAGGUAUCAAAGCUUUCAUUGAAUAAAAGAAUUGCCGAAGUGCCAGGAAGGAUCGCUUCAAUUGAAUUAUUCAAUUUCAUGUGUCAUGAAAGUCUAAAAAUCAAUUUUGAUUUGUCCAACAGAAAUUGUUUCUUCAUCGGUGGAUCGAAUGGGUCUGGUAAGAGUGCGUUAUUUGCGGCAUUGAAUAUGGGUCUUGGAGGUCGAGGAAGCCAAAAUGAACGUGGGAAUGCAAUGAAACAAUACAUAAAGGAUGGUCAGAAUCGUGCAAAAAUAAGGAUAGUACUCACUAAUUGCGGCUUCGGAAAAUAUCCAGGUUACGGCGAUGCUAUUGCUGUUGAGCGGACUAUAAGCUUAACUUCGUCAACAUAUCAACUGAAAUCUCUCACUUAUGAAGAAGGACGCUGUAAUGAGCAGGUGGUAAGUCAUAAAAAGACUGAUUUGGAUAAACUACUAGCAAGAUUCUCUAUACAGCUUGACAACCCGAUAUUCUGGAUGUCUCAAAACCGAUGUCGCGAAUUUUUGCAUGAAUUGAAGCCAGAAAAACUUUACAAUAUGUUUAUGUCUGCAACAGGAUUAGAUUUCUCGCGACGAUGUUAUAGUGAAAGUGGAACAUACAGUGAUGAAUCGGAAAAACUAGUGCUGUCUAUUCGACAAGAUUGCUGCAAUAAAUUAAAGGAAAUCGAAAAAUUACGUGAGAAUCGGAAGCGUGUCCAAAAUAUGGAACAAAAUAAACAAAACCUCUCAGAGCUGAAAAAUAUUCUUCGUUGGCUACCAGUUAGGGACUGUCACAAGGAUCUUUGUAAGCACAAUGAACUGCUGACAAAGGCUGCUGAAAUUUAUGCAAAAUUAAAAGGAGGAUUUGCAAUAAAGGAGAAAAUGAAAGCAGACUGUCUUCAGAAGUUUGAACAGAUGCAAGAAAAUAAAGAAAAAUUGCAAAAAAAAAUAGAGGAUCUCCAGGAUGAAUUAAAAAAUUUGGGAAAAGAGAGGAAGAGUAGACGUGAUGGAAUGCUGGACACUGAGCAACAACUGAACACUGUAGAACGAAAUCAUAGGAUAAUGAAUGCGGAAAUUGGUUCAAUGGAGCAGCAACUGAAGGAGGUUGAAGCAAAAAAAAAUCAGGGCAUUCAAUACAGUAUUGUUGAAAUUGAAGCAGAACUGUUUGAAUUAGAGAAUCGAUGUACGACAGUGAAGGAGAGGCAGUAUUCAAUGGAAAAAAGAAAAAAGUGUUUCGAAACAGAAUUGGCUGAUGCGAUAAAAGCAGAGCGUAGCCUUGAAGCAGAAAUUUCUCACUGGAAUGUUGUGUUACGAGAAUUACGUGAUGAGAGAGAACGAGUAGUGGCAAUGGAACAAAGCGAUCUAGCUCGUUUUGGUACAUCGGCGCCUCAGAUUAUCAGUUUAAUUGAACAAAAUGUUGCUAAAUUUUCAAAAAAACCUAUUGGACCUAUAGGUGCUUAUAUACGAAUAAAAGAUGAUUCCUGGGCAUUGGCCGUAGAACACUGUUUGCGUCAUUUACUAUCAGUAUGGUUGUGUGAUAAUGUACAUGACAGGAACAUUCUGGAUUCGAUUCUCCAGAGUUAUAAUAUCCGCGCUGUGGGAUACAUCAUUAGCAAAUUUCUAGAGAGCCGAUAUGACAUAACUUCGUUUGAACCACCGUCAGAAUAUUUAACUGUGGCAAGAAUGAUAACUGUUACGAAUGACAAUGUUUUCAAUGUAUUAGUUGAUCAGACACAAAUGGAAUCUAUUCUUCUGAUUGGGUCUGAUAGUUUAGCGCGCAGAGUAAUGGCAGAAAAUCCUCCAAAAAAUGUUUACAAAGGUUUCACGAAAAAUGGUGAUGAAGUAUUUGCAAAAACGGGUGAUCAAGUAUAUCGCUUUUAUGCAAAUCAUCGUUAUCAGAAGUCAGUCAUAUUGACUAAUACUAAGACAGCUAAUAUCAGAUCACUAAAUGAUCAAAUAACGAAGACAGAAGAUGAGUUGCGAAAUAAUAGAGCGUCUUUAGCAAAGAUACAAAAAAAUCGUCAAAAAAUAGAAGGAGACUUGACUUCUGAGAUGCAACAAAGAAGCCAAGAAUUGCAAUGCUUAAGAGUAGAUGAAGUACGACGACGCUCUCUGCAGAAGCGACUGGAUGCUGCACGAUUUGAAGGCAGUGUUGAUGGUCAAGUUAUGAAUCUGGUUUCAAGCUUGAAUCAGUACAGAAGAGAGAAAGAAAAGCUCAUACAAUCUGAAAACGUUCUGCAGGAACAACUAACUAGUUCACGCCAAUUGUUACAUGAUACAGAAAUGAUAAGAAGAGAAAAAAUUAGGGAAAUAAAAGAAAACGAAAAUGAACUCAAGAAAAGAGAAUCAGAUUUGGAAGAAUGUAGCAGUGAAAUCGAUAAAAUGAACAACUAUGAGAAUGAAUAUAGUCAGAAGUUGUCAAAGCUGGAAAUUCAUAUAAAUGAUCUACAGGAGAAAGUAAAAACGCUGAACGAGAAACUGGAAAAAAUGAAAAAUGAAGCUAGAGAAUUCGUUACUGAUGUGCCUCCAGAUUUUACAAGUCUACCAGACACGGCGGAAGCUGAAGAACGAUAUAGAAAAUUGGAACGUCGUAUUCAAUCUGCACAGGAAAGCUUGGAAGGUACUAUAGUAUCAGAAGAAGCAUUGAGUGCUUUGCAGAAUGAUUAUGAACGUUUACAAAAAAAAUAUAACAGUGCCAAACAAGUCGUUUUGGAACUGAAGAAGCGACUAAAAUUAAGGAAUGAAAAAUUUCUGGAAGUACGAAAUCUAACCGCUGAGCGACUCAGUGAAUUGUACGGUGGUCUAAUGUCAAUAAGGAAUUUCAAAGGUUCACUGAUUAUAAGCCAUGAAGAGCGUGCUAUUUAUAUAAUGGCGAGCACUCAAAAAAACCAAGAAAUUGACCAGGCCGCUAUUCUUCAACGUUAUCGAGGGAAAGGCAACUUUCAGGAUUUGAGAGGUUUAUCUGGUGGUGAACGGACUUAUACCUCUGCUUGUUUCGUCAUGGCUUUGUGGCAGGCUAUGGGAACACCCAUUCGCUGCAUGGAUGAGUUCGAUGUUUUCUUGGACUUGAACAAUCGGAAAAUUGUGAUGGAACUCUUCGCAGAUCUUGCCACUCGUCAAUACCCAUCCUAUCAGUUUAUUUUCUUCACUCCUCAAGGAAUUGCCGAUUUUGCUUGUCGUGAUCGUGUGCAGCUUUUCGAGAUGCCGAAAAUCAGAAAAUGA